AUGUCAACAUAUAGGGCACAGAACAAUGUGCCGCCAUUUAUACCAUUGUCGCAGUAUUUGCUUCAUCGACUUAAACAGCUCGGCGUAACAACAAUUUUCGGUCUUCCGGGAGAACAUAAUGCGCCUUUAAUUAAUCAGAUUUAUCAGAUACCGUCAAUGACAUGGUGCGGAAAUACCAAUGAGCUUAAUGCAUCCUAUGCGGCGGAUGGGUAUGCAAGAAUUAAGCGUCUCUCUUGUUUAAUUACUACAUUUGGGGUUGGUGAAAUGUCUGUGCUGAAUGGUGUAGCUGGUGCUUUUGCAGAACAUGUCCCAAUUUUGCAUAUUGUGGGGAUGCCACCAUCAUCUGCACAGUUAAAACAACUGCUUCUUAACCAUACUUUAGGAAAAACAGACUAUGAUGUGUUUCAUAGGCUGGCAAGUGAUAUCUGUUGUUAUUCGGCAGUUAUUAAAGACGCGGAAACAGCUAUGGCCAUCAUAGAAAAAUGCAUUGGCAUGUGCUACUCGAAGCAAAGGCCUGUUUACUGUGGGAUACCGGUCAACUUUAUCAAUGCGAUGACUUCAAGUCAUCUGUUGGAUAUCCCAUUAGAGGUUGAUAAUUUCGUAGAUGAUCCCUCCGUUGACAAUCUGGUGGAGUUAACUCUCGAAAAGCUUUAUGCAGCUAAACACCCUCUAAUAAUGGCAGAUGGGUGUGCUAUAAGACAUGAUUGCCUGAGUGAAUUGCGCCAACUUGCAACAGUAACAGGGUUUCCACUGUGCGCGACUCCGAUGGGUAAAACAGCAUUUGACGAACAAGACAGACGAUACGCUGGCGUUUAUACAGGAACUAUAUCUUCACCACAGGUUCGUGAAGUUGUGGAUUUCUCUGACUUCAUUCUAGUUGUUGGUGCAAUGGCUAUUGAUUUUGCGACUUCCUCGUUCCAUUUCUACUAUAAGACUAAAAACAUCAUCUUCCUGUUUGACACAUUUGCAAAGGUUACUAUUGGUUCUAAAAUGUAUCCUGAUCUGCGCUUGAAAUAUGUCAUGCAAACCCUAGUUUGUCGGCUUGAUCGUAGUCGCAUCAACUACAUCCACGAAGCGAUUCCGGAAAGUAUACAGUUUCGUGUUUUGCCAGAUCCAAACACACCUUUACGCCAAGAAUGGCUAUGGGCACGCAUGGCGCAGUGGUUCCAAGAGGGCGAUGUGAUCAUCACUGAGACAGGGACUUCUGGGCUUGGUAUCAACCAAAUAAAACUCCCUUCUAAUGCCAAGAUAAUUUCCCAACCUUUGUGGGGUUCUGUAGGGUUUUCUGUGGGCGCAUGUCUUGGUGUUCUAAUUGCAGUAAGAGAAGAAAUUAUGAAUGGAUGUCGACAACCUGGUUCCAGAACAAUUUUAUUUGUUGGUGACGGUGCUCUGCAAUUAACUGCACAAGAACUAAGUACUAUUAUCAGGUUUCAUCUGACGCCCUUUAUUUUUGUGGUCAACAAUAAGGGUAACUCUGUCGACCGUUUAUUAAACCGCAAAAAAUUGGGCACGAGUCCCAAUUACUACGACCUACAGCAGUGGGAUAAUCUGGCUCUGAUUCCUACUUUUGGGGCUACAGAGUACGAUACAACAAGGGUAUCCAAAGUUGGUCAGCUAGACCAACUAUUGAACGAUCUCAAUUUUGCACAGAACAGCAUUCUGAAAAUGGUAGAGAUUUUACUGCCUUCGAUGGAUGGACCGCAGGUUCUUAUGGACAUUAUUCCCGAGAGCAUUUAG